UGCUGCUCCGAUUGGGCGUCCGAGGCGCCGCGCCGGCGAGCCGACGGCUCCAUGCCUCUCCUGCGCUUGGCAGGGCACGGGCAAGCGCACGGAGCGAGGCCCGCCUGUCAGUGCGGCGACAGCAGGUCCCCGGACGAGCAUUGAGGGUGCCUCGGCGCGGCGCUGUCUGCGCUGGCGAUGCAUGAUCCAUCGUCGGUUGGCCCGCACGCGACGCGUGGCGGGCGGCAUCCGCGUCGGGUGCCUGGCGCGUGGCUUUGCGUGGCAUGCUGCGGCGUCCGCCGGUGCCGAGCAGGCCAGAGGCAUUGAGGCAAGCCCGGAAGCUGAUUGUCGGAUCGCCGGGGGCGAGCGAGCACCCUCGAAAUAUACGGAGCAUUGGGAUGCGCGGGAUGGCGGCUCUGCGAGCGAGAUUUGCGACACGCACACGCGCGCGCCACGCUGCGCAGGAGAGACAGCGAGCGCAUGCGCCUGCAGCGGCGCGUCUCCCCGCACAUCACAUGCCGGAGGCCAGGACAGGACGCUGGCCGCGAGCAUGCACACAUGUGCGUGCCUAUCUUGGGCCGGGCGUGGUGCUCCAUGCGGCGAGACGAGCUCUGCCUGGCGUUGCGCUUUGCCUGGUGUGCGCCGGAGGGCGUGCCGCAGCGACGCCCUGCUCACGGCCAUCCCCUGUGCUGCGACGUCACGCGUGCAGGGGGAGCCGGAGCCGACGCCCAGCGCUGCGGAAGCGGAGGGCGAAGAAAGGCACCGACAAUGAGCCGAGGUCUGAGUCUCGCACUCAGGGGUGCGUGGCUUCCACGGACCGACGGCUGAACCAGAGGCGGCCGCUGCCUGCUGCGGCAUGCUCGCACGCCUGCGCGCUGCUGCUGCGAGCUGCGAGCGCUUUGCUGCACUCUGCACUCUGCACUUCCAGCUCCGGUGACAGCAACCGAUAGCCAGCACUCAGCUGCGCACUCCGGCCAUUGUCCCGGUGGUGCUGCGGCAGGCACGCUGAGCCACGGCGAUGAAUGCACAAUGCGAACUCUGCGAGAUGCACCGGAUCGCCAACCGUGCAGCAGAGUGCAGCGAGAGGUGCAGCUUGCCGCAGCACGCACCUGCCUGCCUCGUUCGCUCGCCGGCAUUCCACGCGGCUCCGGCCGCCCAGCUCAGGGUCCGAGGUCGGACGUCGCCCGCCACUGCCAGGACAGCA